AUGUCUACAACAAUUAAGGAUAACAACAACGAUACCCAUAAUGUCACCCCAGACGAUCCCAAAAUUUUGCCCAAUAAUUUUCUGCCUUCAGCAGAAAAUUUAGCGGCAGCAUUUUUGAAUUUCCCUCCGCCUCCUCUUCCAUCUGACAGAACUUCUAAUAAUCAACUUGUUAAUUUUCCGUUGCCGCCACCUGGAUUUGUUAGUGGGAUCAAUGCUAGGCCGCCUACGGGUUUUAUGCCGUUUCUCCCAGUAUUCGCUCCUCCUUUCAUUAAUUCAGCUUUAAACGAUGCUACAGCAGCACUUUAUCGUCCACAAAAUCCUCAUCAAAACCGACAGCAUUUAUUAAAUCAACGAGGAAUAAUGAAUAGUUUUUUAAAUAGGGGAAAUUUAGCUGAUUUACACCAACAAAACCAGAAUUUUUUACAACAGAAUUUACUUCAGAAUUUAAACCAAAAUAAUUUUGAGCAUCAGAAUUUGCUUCAAACCCAGAAUUCUAUUUUGUCUGCUACCCAUAAUCCUCGUGAAAUUUUGCAACUACAAGCUAGUGACAUUCAACAACAAAGCUUACUUCCCUCAUCUUCUCUUCAACAACAAAAAAAUAAUUCUGAACAAUCCCAACAACAACAAGAGAUAAUCAUUGAUGAUUCAGACAAUUCUUCUUUAGACCCAAAUUCUCCUUUACCCGUUCCUUUACCAACAUUACCCCCUCCAACAAUUCCUCCUCCCCCACCACCGCCUCCCCCUCCGCCGCCGCUACCUAAUCCGUUAAAUAUUGAAGGGCAACGACAUCAAGAACAUGUUAAUAAUGAUGCUGAUUUGUUGAUACCGCCUCCUCCUCCGCCGCUUAACGUAAAAUUUUUUUAAUUUUUUGGGAAGGUGUUUGGGGUAUUAAAUUGUACCGGAAGGAGUUAAUGAGGCUUCUUCUUAUUGUUAGUCUAGUUGAUAAUAAAACAUAUGAAAAAUGGCCAGUUUGAGGUUGAAAUAUCUGUUUAGAUAACAAUAGAAAGCUUUCGAAGCUAGGAAUAAGACUCACAAUAUAAAAAUGCAGUAGAGGGUUACAACAGGGAUGUGAACUUUAAACGAUGCCUCCUCCAACAAUUCCUCCCCCAUAAUAAAAUAAAUGAAAAUAUCCAGUUUGAGGUAGCUGUUUCCUUGGGAAGAGAACCUUGCUGCAUUUUUAAAGGCGGAAGAAAAAUAAAAAGAUCGAACCUGAAGAGCCUAAGAGGACGGAAGUAGACGAAAAACGGAAGCGGAAGAGAUCCCCUCCCUUAUCAACGCUAUUAAGUAAAAAAAUCUGGUCGACCCACCAUAUAAUAUUUACGUGUACUUUUUGUCAGUGUCUAUCUCCGAUCCAAUCUUUUUUUGUUGUUCCCUCGGGAAGAGUUAAGCCUCUUUACUCAACUAAUUUUUU